AUGUUAAGGUCAUUAUUAACAACAAUUUGGCCUAAGAACAAACCAAGUUUUAAAAUUAGAGUUAUACUUGCAUUAUCACUAUUGAUUGGGUCUAAAUUACUAAAUGUACAAGUUCCGUUUUUCUUCAAAAGUAUAAUAGAUGAAAUGAAUGUUGAUUGGAGUGGAGAUAUUGGCACAAUUACAACAGUUAUAGGAAGUUUAAUUUUAGCUUAUGGAGGUGCUAGAUUUGGGGCAGUUUUAUUUGGGGAAUUACGAAAUGCAGUAUUUGCAUCAGUGAGUCAAUCAGCUAUUAAAAGAGUUGCUUAUAAUACAUUUUUACAUUUAUUGAAUAUGGAUUUGCAAUUUCAUUUAUCAAGACAAACUGGUGGAUUAACAAGAGCAAUUGAUCGAGGUACAAAAGGUAUUAGUUAUGUAUUAAGUGCAAUGGUUUUCCAUAUAAUCCCAAUAACUUUUGAAAUUUCAAUAGUCUGUGGUAUCUUAACCUAUAAUUAUGGAGCAGCAUUUGCAGCAACUACGUUAGCCACAAUGUUAGCAUAUUCAAUAUUUACAAUUAAGACAACUGCUUGGAGAACUGGAUUUAGAAGACAAGCAAAUAAUGCUGAUAAUCAAGCAGCCAGUGUGGCAUUAGAUUCAUUAAUUAAUUAUGAGUCGGUGAAAUAUUUCAAUAAUGAAUUAUACCAAGCAUCAAAAUAUGAACAAGCAUUAAAUAAAUAUCAAAAUGCUUCAAUUAAAGUUGCCACAUCAUUAGCAUUCUUAAACGCUGGACAAAAUUUCAUAUUUACUAGUGCUUUGACCGCCAUGAUGUAUAUGGGUUGUCAAGGAGUUUCAAGUGGAGCUCUUAGUGUUGGGGAUUUAGUUUUAAUUAAUCAAUUGGUAUUUCAAUUAUCAGUACCAUUGAAUUUCUUGGGUUCAGUUUAUAGAGAAUUGAAGCAAAGCUUAUUGGAUAUGGAAAAUUUAUUCCAAUUACAAAAUUAUGAAAUAAAAAUUCAAGAUAAAUUAAAUGCCAAACCCCUUUUAUUAGAAGGACCUAAAAUUGGAGAAAUUAAGUUUGAAAAUGUUACUUUUGGAUACCAUCCAGAUCGUCCUAUAUUAAAUAAUGCCACAUUUACCAUACCAGCUGGUAAUAAAGUUGCAAUUGUUGGACCAUCAGGUAGUGGGAAAUCAACUAUCUUAAGAUUAAUCUUUAGAUUUUAUGACGUUAAUAGUGGCAGAAUUUUAAUUGACGGUCAGGAUAUAUCUAAAGUUACUAUUGAAUCAUUAAGAAGAAACAUUGGUAUAGUACCACAAGAAACUCCUUUAUUCAAUGAUACCAUAUUAGAAAAUAUUAGAUAUGGUAGAUUAGAUUCAAGUAAUGAAGAAAUCUUAUCAAUGAUAUCAAAAGUUAAACUAGAUGGUUUAAUCAAAGAUUUACCCGAUGGUAUAGAUACCAUAGUUGGAGAAAGAGGUAUGAUGAUUUCAGGUGGUGAAAAACAGAGAUUAGCAAUUGCGAGAUUAUUAUUGAAAAGGGCCCCAAUUACUUUCUUUGAUGAGGCAACUAGUGCCUUGGAUACCCAUACCGAGCAAUCUUUAUUAAGAACUAUAAGAAGUAUAUUUAGACAAGAUCAAAGGACUAAUGUUUCCAUUGCCCAUAGAUUAAGAACUAUUGCAGAUAGUGAUAAGAUCAUUGUUUUAAAUAAAGGUCAAGUCCAAGAGGAAGGAGAUCAUUACAGUUUAUUACAAGAUCCAGAAUCAUUGUACUCCCAACUAUGGAACAUUCAAGAGAAUUUGGAUAUAGAAGAAGAACUCCGGGAAGAGAAAGAAAAUGAAGAAACUAAACAGGCUUAA